AGGAAAAGAAAAAAAGGACUCUGUCUAACCCAACAUCGAGCACCAAAGUGCAAUGAGUUCUCUUUAUGCAAAGCUUGGAUGCUGCAGUGCUGGGCAAAUGGCAGCAUGGGCUGCACCAAACAAUUCCAGCACUUCCCUCGUUGCUCCUGCAGCCUUAGACUGAUGCCAAGUGAAGGGGGAUUGUGGUGGUGGUUUAUCAUUUGAAAACAACCUUAGAAGGAAUUGAGUGUUGGGUGAAGAGUUUGUCUCUCUCCCCCAACCUGCGGGUGUGCAGCUCCAGGCCCUGAGCUGUGCUGGAGGGAGUUGUUCUUUAACUAUGGCUGCAUCCAGGAAAAAAUGCUGGUUUGGACUACAGAUGUCCCUUGUGAAUUCCUGCAGCGACAUGUGCAGAUGCUGAGUCUGCAGGGCAGCUCCCUCCAGCUGCAUGGCCUGGAACCCAGGGUGGGAUCACACAGCCUGGAAUUGCUUCCCUGUACUCCGGGCUGGCUCGGUGAAGCUCGUGGGGUGGUUGCUGAUGGGUUGUGCCACAUGGGAUUGGGAGGUGUCUCACGAGGGCCCGCUGUGCCCUUGGCUUCUGUGCCUUCCUGGCUCCCUGUAGUGCAUUCCUCUCGCCAUCAGCCCAGUGCUGCAGCAGCAAAGCAUCUGUGGGGUUUUUGAAGGGCUGCGCAUCGGGAACAGCCAGUUCUUUUGUGGGUGCCGGGCUGUGUGCCUACAGUUUGAGCAAGAGUCCUGAGGGCAGAGUGGUUUAACCACAGUUUCUGCCUCCUCCGGAAGAGGCAGAGGAUUUCAGUGCUCCGUAGGGUUUGCAUGGCUGUAUCAACGUUCUCUGCAGUGAGCAUGGAGCGGUGAAAUUCUGUGCUGCAUGGGUGUGAAUUUCCCUUCUGUUGUGAGUCUUUGAAGGGAGGGAGAUGAUUAUUUCAAAAUACCGAGAGAUGUGGACUAGUUCCUCUGCAGUAGUGGAAAGCCCUGGUGCCAGAAGUCACUGCUGUGGGCACGGAAACUCGGCUUCUAAACUUUCUUCAGAUAUGAAAGAAUCUGUUUCCCUGGGGUGAAAUCUGGAGAGGGAAGGAAGAACACUUUAUAGCUCGGAAGAAAGUGGUAAUGGGAACUUCCCUUCUGCUCACCAUAGCUUUGCAACUCGGCUGUGAGGGUUGUGGGUUGGAAAGUGACCUGGAGAUUUUAAAUGCUUACUGAAAACUUGCAUUUUCUCUCUUUGGAUGCGGAGACUGGCUGGGAGCUCUGAGCUUCUGAUAUUGGUGAUGCAGAGGAAACGCAGCAAACCUGAAACUCCAAUAUGGAGACUUUCCCCUUCAAACCUGCAUGUUGCACCAAUCUCUCUGUUGUGGCCACUUGAAACCUCAUGUGGCAACUGGAGAGAGCCAAGUGGCUCUUGGAGAUAUGGUGAUGGUUCUGUUAUCUGCAUCAGCUUUGCUGUCAUGUGAGAAGCCAAAGCACCCCAAUCUGAGAGUUCUUGGCUGUGGAGCUGUCUUGGCCUGGCUCCAAUGCUUGUGGCCAGGUGGCAGCUGUGCAGGGUCUGUGUGGAGGGAUGAUAACAGGGCAGAGCAGUAAACAGGAUGCUCCACCCCACCUCGGCACCUCUUCUUCCCCGUGCACUGUAUGCUGUGAGGAGAGGCAUCCAGUGCCCCACAGCCUGCCCUGCAUCUCCCGGCUGCCCCAGCCCCUCUGGCUUCCCAGGGCUGCUUGGAAACAUGGGUGGCAGAGCACUACCUCGAACUGGAGCAGCAGUUCUUGCUGUUCACAUACAAAUAGCUUUAGGUGUUUGUUGGGUGUUGUAUGUGGUUGAUGCAGCUGUUGCUGUGGAGGCCGUGUCUCCCAUGUGCUCUGGACUCUUUCUGGCUGGUUUUGGGGCUGUUGCCCUCCUGAAGUUUUAGAAAACAGGGGCCAGGUUGCUCUGGAUAUGAUGGUUAAAUGGAAGGGUCCUGUGAAGGGCAUUUGAGGGGGUGUAUGCUGUUGGAGCAGUGGGAGUGGGCCUGCCCUGUCGCAGUAGCAUUCAGUUCUGCUGGGAAGAGCGGCACAAGGGGAAGAGAUGGCAGAAGGCAGCGUUCCGUGUGUGGCAGCUACGGAGAAGAGCCGGCAGCCCCACACGUGGUAUGCCUCGUCCGUGGAUGCUUUCGUGGGCUCCUACCUGCUGGGACAGUGGCCGUGUGACGCCGAGGGAGCCUCUGUGCUGUGUGUGAGUGACAAAGCCACCCAGACUCCGGUGUCCUGGCACAACGCGGAAGCAGGAAAAGCUGACUCCAGUGCUCACAAGCGUUCCGCUUCCUGGGGUAGCAUGGAUCACCGCAGAGAGAUCGCCAAACUGAAGCAGCAGCUCCAGCGAACAAAGCUGAAUGGCAGAAGCGGCAAAGAGAAGGAGAAGACCUCCCCACUCCUAGGGGACCACGCUGUCCUCGGUUCACUCAGGGAUUCCCCUUCAGGCUUCCCUUCUCUGUCACCCAUUUUGAGGCUCAGCCCCUGCUUGCACAGGAGCCUGGAAGGGCUCAGCCAGGAGCUGGAGGAAGUGUUUGUGAAGGAACAGGGCGAUGAGGAGCUGCUGCGGAUUCUGGAUGUUCCAGAUGGCCACAGGGCACCUGCGCCUGCCCAGAGAGUCUCCAGUGACGCGUCCCUGGCGCUGGAGCCCAACAGUGGCAGCUGCAGCAGCCGCUCCCUCUCCCCUUCGCCCUCGGUACCUCUCUGCCACUCCCCACACACCCCAGUGAGACCGGCAGUGGGAGAGCCCUCCUCUGCGGUGGAUGGGGCGCAGCCAGAUCCGAAGGAGAAAGAGGAGCGCAGCCCCUCCCCAGUUCUGGGCUUCACUGCUUCUCCUUGCCCCAACCACAGCUACACGUUCAAACGGGAGCCUCCUGAGGGAUGCGAGAGGGUCCGUGCCUUUGAGGAAGCUUCUUUCCAGAGCCCCGAUGGGACUUUGCAGCCUUCCUGUCCUGAUAAGAACAAAGUGCACUUCAACCCCACCGGUUCUGCCUUCUGCCCUGUCAGCCUGGUGAAGCCUCUCUUCCCUGAUGUCGGCUUCCUCUUCAGGGGCUUUCCUGCUCCUUCCAGCCCUGGCACAGGAGCACGUGCCCCCUGCCAGGCCCCAGCGCCCAGCCCAUUCCUCGGAGUGCGGAAGGACACUGCAGUAGAUGCCUUCAGCGAGGUGUCCGAGCCACCUCCACUGAAUUACGACGAACACUGGAAGCGUGGCCAGGCGGAAGAGAGCAUUGUCUUCCACAGCUCUCUCGUGGUCUGAAGCCUUUGGGGAAGAGGGCCAGUGCUGGCUCCUCGGCACAGCUGUGCCAGCCAGCAGAGAUGAUGUCCUUGGAGGUGGGAUGUGACAGCCAGGAGGCAGCCCUGGACUGAGAGCCAAGGCUGACUUCCUACUGGGAUGUCAAACUGUGAAGAGCAGCGUGGCAGAGGCCUCCUCGCUGCUGGAGGGGCUCUUUUUUCUGAGCCUCUUGCUGUUCUGAGCACUUUCUGUAUCGAUUUGUAUUUGUUUCCCGUGUGAUUGUUUUGCUGGUGAAGAGCAGCCCCAGGGAGUAGAGGUGAACUUGCGCUCCAUGGCUCCUUGAGCUGGGAGAACCCGGGCUGGGGCUUCCUUGGGCCCUGGGGAGGGUCGAGGGGGUGUUGGGUGCUGUCCUGGGCUGGGGCAGAGAAUGCUGUGCCUGCACUGAGGCAGCUCCUCUGCCCUGGAGCACGGGGAGCAGCCGCCUCUGCUGGGGGGGCUGUGGCUGUGCAGAAAGCCCUGCUGCUGCCCAGAGCUGCCAUGGGGUGAAGGGGGUGCUGCAGCUCCUCUGCCCAGGAGGGAAGCCUAAAUCCUAGUGCUUCCCAACCCUCCCGUAACCAGGGAGUGCUGAGUGCAAAGCUGACUCGUGCCAGGAGGGUUUGAUUUUUAUUUUUUUUUUGUUCUGGUUGUAUGGAAGAACCCCAUUUUCCUGUAAUCGAUCUUGAAACUAAUUUCUGCCAAAGACACUAUUUUUGCAGCUGUUGCACGUUGGUGAUUGAUGGUU